ACCCGUUCUGCGCCGGCCUCAAAAUGGCCGCCUUCUGGCGUAUCUGGCGCUGUUGAAUGGAGAAAGCUUUAUUGUUCCCUUCGGGCAGGAGUGUUCGUGUCCUCUAUGGCGCUGUCAAUAAAGAACGGCAGUUUGAAUCGGUGCUGAACAGAGAGGCAGUGGAUUUUCAAGAACACAGACCUCAGAGCCAGACUGCCUGAGUUUGGACCCUAGGUCUGCCACACACCUGUUGCAUGACCCAAGGAUCUAGUACUGAUCCCCACAAAGUUAUUCUGGAAGAAGCGAGGGAGAGAGCUCUUGGACAGAGCUGAUGCAAUGGAGCUCCCCAACUAUAGCCGGCAGCUGCUGCAGCAGCUCUACACUCUGUGCAAGGAACAGCAGUUCUGUGACUGCACGAUUUCCAUCGGUACUAUUUACUUCAGGGCCCACAAGCUUGUCCUGGCCGCCGCCAGCCUCUUGUUCAAAACCCUGCUGGACAACACAGACACCAUCUCCAUCGAUGCAUCCGUGGUCAGCCCCGAAGAGUUUGCCCUCUUGUUAGAAAUGAUGUACACUGGCAAACUACCUGUGGGCAAGCACAACUUCUCCAAAAUCAUCUCUUUAGCCGACAGCCUACAGAUGUUUGAUGUGGCCGUUAGUUGUAAAAAUCUUCUGACCAGCCUCGUAAGCUGCUCUGUUCAGGGUCAGGUGGUGAGGGAUGUCUCCAGCCCAUCCUCAGAGUCAUCCAGGAAGGAGUCAGAGAACCCUGAAGUAGAAAUCCUUUCCUCUGAGGGGGCUGGAGAACUUCAUUCCUCCAGGGAGGCUUCCAGCCCGAGGGGCCCUGUAAAAGGUGAGACGGAGGAAGCAAUCCACACGGUUGUGCAGGAGAUGAGUGUGGAUCCUUCCACUGCCCAGGAGAUCCAGGGGAAUGCGGAGAGCCCAGCGGAACCCCCCCGUACAGCUGACGUCUGUUCUUCCUCCCCUGUUGUACAAACGGUUAGCAAGGCAAAAGAAGCAUGCGCGGAACCAGAGCAUGAGGGGAAGCAUUACCAGCUGAAUUUUCUUCUAGAAAAUGAAAAUAUUUUCUCAGAUGCACUGUUGAUUACCCAGGAUGUUUUAAAAAGGCUAGAAGAAUGUUCAGAAAUUAAAGGUGCGCAGAAGGAGACCAUAAAAGGAUGUCUUGAGGGUGAAGAAGGACAAUCAGUAUUCCAGAGAAUCCUGGAUAAAGUAAAAAAUGAGAGCCUGGAGGUUCAGACUGUUGUGUCCCUGUUGAGAAUGUACCAAGACUCUAAUCCUACAGUAAAGACAGCUCUGCUAGACAGAAAGCCAGAAGACGUCGAAGCAGUGCAGCCAAAAGGGAGCACAGAGGAGGGAAAGACCUUGUCUGUUCUGUUACUAGAACACAAAGAAGAUCUGAUCCAGUGUGUAACACAGCUGAGACCUAUCAUGGAGUUCCUGGAAACAGCCAAGGAGGAAUUCCUGACCGGCUCUGAGAAAAGGGUGAUUCUGAAUUGCUGUGAGGGCAGAACACCCAAGGAGACAAUAGAAAAUUUGUUGCAGAGAGUGUCUGAAGAGAAGACCCUGAGUGCUGAGAGUUUGGUAAAACUCCUUCAGGCCGUGAAGAUGGCGUUUCCGAACUUGGGCCUUCUGCUGGAGAAUUUGCAGAAAUUAGCCGCUUUGCCAAGCGCUGCAGUCCAAGCAAGCCCUGAUGAUUAUGCGAUUGAGCUGUUGAGACGGUAUCACGAAAACCUGUCUGAGAUUUUCACAGACAACCAGAUGCUACUAAAAAUAAUCCCGCAUGUGAAGAGUUUAGCCCCUGGAGAAAGAGAGGUCAUGGAGAAGCUUGUGAAACGUGACUCUGGUUCGGGUGGUUUCAGUGCUCUGAUGUCAGCCGUUCUAGAAAAGCAGACUCUCUCUGCAACAGCCAUUUGGCAACUGCUGCUGGUGGCUCAGGAGACAAAGACCUGCCCCUUGAACCUGCUCAUGGAGGAAAUACGAAGGGAGCCUGGCGCCGACACUUUCUUCCGGGCAGUGACCGCCCCAGAAAGUGCUGCCUUUGAAACCAUCCUGAGGCAUCACAGGUUGAUCCUCGAGGCCAUCCAACAAAGGCCUGAGCCCACGUGCUCGGCCUCAGAGGAAGAGCACCUGGCGGAGACGGUGAAGGAGAUUCUGAGCAUUUCCUCCGAGACAGCCAGCCCUGAAGCUUCCCUGAGAGCAUUGCUGAGCAGAGCCAUGGAAAAAUCCAUCUCGGCCUUUGAAAUAUGUCAGCUCCUGUGCAGCGUCCACAGAACCUUCCCAGGCCUGCAGCCUGUCAUGCAGGAGUUGGCCCACACGGGUUUCCUUACUCAGGAAAAGGGGGAGAAGGAAAGAUGGACGACGAACAACAAAUUUCACCUUGAAGCCAAGGACAAAGCAGACGAAAAGGCAGCCGAGCCAGCCGAGGAAGACUGCCAGCCUGGGAAGCAGGACAGUCAAGGAGAGACUGGUUCAUUGCCAGAACAACAAGAAAAAGACACGUCUGCCUCCCCAGAGUCUGCCAAGAAGAGCUUCAUCUGUAAGGCCUGUGACAAAAGCUUCCAUUUCUACUGCCGCCUCAAGGUGCACAUGAAGCGCUGUCGCGCGGCCAAGAGCAAACAGGUGCAAUGUAAGGAGUGUAACGAGACCAAGGACUCGAAGAAAGAGCUGGAGAAACAUCAGCUGGAGGCCCAUGGUGCAGGUGGAGAGGGUGACGUCCCCAAGAAGAAGAAGAAGAGGCUUCCAGUGACGUGUGACCUCUGUGGGAGAGAAUUUGCUCAUGCCUCAGGCAUGCAGUACCACAAACUGACGGAGCAUUUUGAUGAGAAACCGUUCUCCUGUGAAGAGUGUGGGGCAAAGUUUGCCGCCAAUUCUACUCUGAAGAACCACCUUCGCCUUCACACCGGGGACCGUCCGUUCAUGUGCAAGCACUGCCUCAUGACCUUCACCCAGGCCUCUGCGCUGGCCUACCACACCAAGAAGAAGCACUCGGAAGGAAAAAUGUACGCAUGCCAGUACUGCGACGCUGUGUUUGCCCAGUCCAUUGAGCUGUCCCGCCACGUGAGGACCCACACUGGGGAUAAGCCAUAUGUCUGCAGGGAUUGUGGCAAGGGCUUCCGGCAAGCCAACGGCCUCUCUAUCCACCUGCACACCUUUCAUAACAUAGAAGAUCCCUACGACUGCAAGAAGUGCAGGAUGAGCUUCCCCACGCUGCAGGACCACCGCAAGCACAUCCACGAGGUGCACUCCAAGGAGUACCACCCCUGCCCCACAUGCGGGAAGAUCUUCAGCGCCCCCUCCAUGCUGGAGCGGCACCUGGUGACCCACGUCGGAGGGAAGCCCUUCAGCUGCGGCAUCUGCAACAAGGCCUACCAGCAAUUGUCUGGUUUGUGGUACCACAACCGGACCCACCAUCCUGACGUGUUUGCUGCUCAGAACCAUCGAUCUUCCAAGUUCUCAUCACUCCAGUGCAGCUCCUGUGACAAAACUUUUUCCAACACUAUUGAGCACAAGAAGCACAUCAAAGCAGAGCACGCAGAUAUGAAGUUCCACGAGUGUAACCAGUGCAAGGAGCUCUUCCCCACGCCAGCUUUGCUGCAGGUUCACAUCAAGUGCCAGCAUUCAGGGUCGCAGCCAUUCCGGUGUCUGUACUGCGCGGCCACUUUCCGCUUCCCCGGAGCACUGCAGCACCACGUCACCACCGAGCACUUCAAGCAGUCGGAGAGCACCUUCCCCUGCGAGCUCUGUGGGGAGCUCUUCACCUCCCAGCCCCAGCGGGACUGUCACUUGGAAUCUGAACACCCAAAGGUGCCAGGCGCCGAAAGCCAGGCAGCAGCCUCACAGGUGGUGCAGGUGAUCCAAACCCCAGAACCGGUGGCCGCGACAGAGCAGGUGAUCACUCUGGAGGAGACCCAGCUCGCUGGUUCGCAGGUGUUUGUGACAUUGCCAGAUUCACAGACAUCUCAGAGCAGCUCUGAGCUUGUGGCGGUGACCGUGGAGGACUUGCUGGACGGUACCGUGACCCUGAUCUGUGGUGAGGCCAAGUGAGUGGCUCUCCUCACGAGAGAGGUCCUGCAUUGGCAACAGAAAGUACGUGUCUCAGCUCGCCCCUGACCCUUCCUCCCUGGCUGUCCUGAGUACUGAGCGUCUGAUCUUGGCACCAACAGAGAUGGUCUCACUUGGGAAAUGGACAGAAGCCUCACUGUCUCAUAAAACCAUCAUCAGAGCCAUCGACACCAGCACGACCACCCUCCGUAGCAGGCAGACCUGUUCCCCACAGGCCUGCUGCCACGGGCUCUGUGACACUGGCAGAAAUCGAGUCUGAAAGAGCAGUGGCAUAGGAGCUGGUGCCCAGAAUGACUAGAGAGGUGGGACUCGGUGUACAGACUGGCAGUUCCAUGCCUGACCGUGGCUCACAGAGGAGGGCUGCAGACACUGCCAGCGCCUUCUGGCCAUUUGAAAAAGAGAAAAGCGGAUUUCCCUUCGUGACACAGUGAUUAACGAAUCCGACCAGGAACCAUGGGGUUGCGGGUUCAGUCCCUGCCCUUGCUCAGUGGGUUAAGGAUCUGGCGUUGCCAUGAGCUGUGGUGUAGGUUGCAGACACGGCUCGGAUCCUGCGUUGCUGUGGCUCUGGCGUAGGCCGGUGGCUACAGCUCCAAUUGGACCCCUAGCCUGGGAACCUCCAUAUGCCGCGGGAGCGGCCCAAGAAAUAGCUAAAAAGACAAAAAAAAAGAAAAAGAAAAAGAGAAAAGCAUCACAGACCCCCAGGCUUGAGUGCGCUUGGCCCCUUCUCUCAUCCUUCCAGUGCCCCUCACGGUGACAGUAGGACAGGUAGCAGCAUGUUAACACAGGGAGGCCUCAUUUCCGUGCUGAGUCCCACCUCGUGAGUCCCAUCUCAUUGGUACGGUCAGCCUUCCCCACGAGGAAGCCUUUGGAACAUGCUGCUGGAAGGGCUUCAUGGGAGGCAUCUCGCUGCAGGGACCCCUCCGCCCUGCCAGGACACUCUUUGUGGUGUUCUGCCUCCCACAGCUUCUCCAUGGUGUCCCCACCCCUUUCCCUAAUCGAAGCCUGAAACUUGUACCCAGCCUAGAGCCUCGCCCCUUCCCUCUGGAGCGCAUAAGUCAUGUAACGUAGCCAGUGACCCAGCGCCAAGUGGCAUAGCCCCCGUGGUGGCCCCCGGCCCGUCCUCCUGCCAUGGUCUUCCAUUCCUUGUCGGUAGCCUGCUGCCUGUGCUCUUCCCGGCUGCCACUGUUACUGCAGGCCAGUGAGCCUUCGGAGUCGGAAUUUCACAAAGCUUUUUUAUCUUCGUCCCUAAAAUAUAAUCCGAUAAUUAAUGGUUUAUGGAAUCCAUUAUGAAGUGCAAUUAGAUGGAUGUAGGUUCCCGCCGAUUGGAGGGAAUGACUAACAUUUAUCUUCCUUUCCUUGAUGCUAGAAGGUUGAAGUCUGCUGCUCGCCGUGUUUACACCCCAGGCGGCUCCUGGCCUUUGUGUGGCUGGCCCCCUGCCAAGGGGGUUCAACCACGCACCCUCAAAAUACAGGCUGGCCAAAGACAGGCCCACCCUUCUUUCUAAGCACAUGUCACAUCACCAGGUACAGGCAGGGGAAGGGGGUCGACGUGGGUCGCGGUUGGUACUUUUAUUGCUGCCACACACUGCUGGAAGGACAGGAGGUGGACCCCCACACUGGCCCGUGUGUCCGCUGGCUGCCCUCCUGCUCUGUGCCCGUCCUGCCUCUGGUUGCGGGCACAUUUGGUAUGCAAGUCACUUGAGCUUGGCAGCUCAGGUAUCUUCUCAUUCAGAAGUAAAUGAAGUUUUCAGAGGCACAGUGGCCUCAAAAGCCAGUAACUGACCAGAAGAUGGUGCUCAAACCUUUAAGACUUUGCCUCCCCGUGAGGCCUGCACUGCCUCUGCCAAGGCUGUCUCUGUCUUCUUGAGGUUUGUCAGUCCCGUGAGCUGUCAGACCAGCAUUGCUCUUGAUCUGCGAGUGAUGAGAUGGGCUGACUGCCCCCUCGGCACCAGGUAACACCCCCCGAAGGAGCGGAGUGGCUGCGCUUCCAGCGCACUGUGUAGAGGCCAGGCCCCGCACGGGCACGUGGCUGGUGGCAGUUGCAAUGUCAUCAACACUUCCUCCAGGCAAAAACUAAAGUAAACUUAAAAAUAAUUGCUGGAGACUUGUAGAGAAAAGUGAUUUUUAAAAAGAUAAAGAUAGCUGUAAGCUCUAAACCCAACUUUCAGAUCCUUUCCAGUUCUGAGAAGCCCCUUCUCAGGUUUCUGACGGCGACGCAGAUUGUGGCAGGACACUCGUUUUCCUCAGAAUCACCAGACACGCAACGUCUCUUCCCGGGAGCAGACAGAGAAGUGGGACUUGCCGCUCGCUGCCCUCCUGCCCCGCGGCCCAGGAGGCAGGAGGCACGAGCCGCGCUGCUCUCGCCUCCAGUGAGGGGAGGGACUGUCUGGAGUUGUGUAGUCUGCUCCAAGUGGCCCUCUGCCGGGGGCCGUGUCGGCAGUGAGUCUCCAGCGCCGCCUUCCAGAGAUGCCCAAGUGUGGGUUUCCUUGGGGGAAGAUUGUCCUCCAGCUCUCCUUGGCCAUUUUAUUGUCUUCUUCCACUUCUGAGCAAGAGGCCCCCUGAAUUGCAGCCACAGAGGACGUUAUCGAGGUCCCCUGGGCACAUCACCUGCUUUCACGUGGCGGUGAUGUUCUCUCUGUCUGUCAGCACCCUUCUGGCUUCACAGCUGAACCCUGGGACCUUUGCAGUGACGUGGAGGGGUCUGUGGACUCCUUGGAACAGCUGGAUUUGUUCAGUGGGCUCCAACCCUCCUCUGCUCCCAGAGCUCAUGAAACAUCUGGUGGGGAGGGAAAGGCGGACAGAUUCCAAGCUGGAGCCUGCGUCUGUGGGAAUAGCAGGGGUGACUUAGGAAUGGCGUGUGCCCAUCCCAGGUGAGUGAGAGGCAGCGAACAGAUGGCUCAAGAGCAAGGAUUGCCGCAGAAAGGGGGCUAUGCGGGUGUGUGAGCAGAAGACAAAGGUCUCGUUUAUUCUAGGAAGCUUGACACUUCUGCCUCAGAAGCUUUGUGCUUGGAAAGCUUUGAGCCCAGCAAGUGCCACAUUCUGUGGUGCGAGUGCCAGGUUCCCCUGGUCAUUUAGGUCCUCUCUGAGGACGCAGUCUGCCUCUCCCCUCCCUCCAGCAUGGCCCGUGCUUCGGCUCCUCCCCCAGGGAAGAGCCCUGAUAGUUGGGGCUGAGGAUGAACUAGAUCCAGUCAAACGGGUCAAUGCGGAGACAAGGGCCCUGUUCUCUGCUCGUGGGCGAAAUCGGGGAGAAAGCUCAGAUGGGCCCAGAGAGCUUCCAUACGUUGUUCACGGUGCGGCCCCCAUGGGCUGAUGACAUAGUGAUACGUGUGUUCGGUCGGGGUGCCUUUAAAUCUCAUGUGCCCAAGAUCUGCGAAUUGACUGAAGGAUAGAGGAACUGCCAGCCUUACAUAGGCUGGUUCUAGGGGGCAAGCAGCAUUUCUGUUAAAUUGGGACUAGGAAGUUGGACAGCGAUGGAAAGAAUCCUGGGCCCUUUCAUCAGUCCUCCCAAGGGAAUUCAGCAGCCGCAGCCCCGCUUCACUUGCCCCUGUGCGUUGCCCUGGGAGGUAGGGAGGAAAUGGGAGUGAGGAAAGCUUUGGGGUUGAAGGGAGUGUUUGAACCCUGGGGCUGGUAGGACCUGGGCCAAAAGCUCAGAAGCACAGCCAGAACUCAGAAACUUGCUGCACAUAUGGCUGGGGACUACAUUAUUUAAAAAAAAAAAAAAAAAAAUUAUCCCUUGGGCUAAUUUAGAUUGCUUCCAGAUCAUGGAAAUGUUUCGUCAUCUCCCUUAACAAAGACCAGCCACACCUGACCAGCCAUGGUCGGGACAACUAGCCAGCACGUGAUGCUGUAUAAAUGGGAUUACAGACCUUUGUUCCUGUUCAACUUGCACUACUCUGUAUAAAUAAAAUAUGUACUUUGAAAAAAAAA